UGCUUCACGUGCUACGCAUGCACAACAGCACAAAGAAAUUCCCGCCGCCGGGGAGAAUUGCCCAUUGUCCCUCUUGUGCCUUGUGCCUUCUGCCUUCCUGUUACAUAUUCCGACCUCGACCCUCGACUUCCCGUGGCAGGGAAGAACGGUGUAAGAAGCUAAAGAACCAUGACUCUCCGGCGACGUGCGUCAACUUGACACUCACGAAUCACGAUCGGUCGUCGGCGGGUCGGCGAGACGAGAGCAACGAACACGUGAGAGUCACGCGACAAGACGAACGAACGAACGGAUUCGCGUCAUUCGCGACGAGGUAAGGCUUUGAAUUGAAGUCGCGAGCGAGCGGUGGAUUCGAGGCGAUCGAAAUCCAAGGAGGUCAACGUAUCGAGAAAACUCACUUCGGCUCACUUUGCCAGUUACGACGCACCACGUGUCGUCAUCGCGGUAUAAACUAAUCUAACCUAACCUGAGCUGCGCGCGAGGAGAGGUCCAAAUAUCGUCGUUGACGCCUGCUGGGAAAGCUUCGCGCCGCGCUUGAGCCAGUUGAGCCUCGAGAUCUCGACCAAACGACGCGGAGGCGCGAAGUGGGAGUAGUGGGACUCCGCUUAAUCCGCAUUGCCGCAUUGUGUCUUGUGUCUUGGAGCGCGCGAGAAAAAGCCGCUACGAUCGGCUAACCUGUAUAUGAUCUGUACGUCGAGCAGCUCGAACAAAACGAUUGGGUGAUUUAUCGAGGAAGUCAGUAUGUGUCAAUAUAUAAGUUAACGCAGGAAUAAUGCAUGACUCAUCGGCGGCGAAUGGAUCCUUCGGCGAGUUUCGAGUCAGUUUUCUUCAGUACGUCGAGAUAUCGAUCACAUUUUAGGUUAGGAGGAAGCUGCAAGUAAAUAACAAUACGAUUUUCUAACUCCUGGAAGUAGUGAGGUAGAUUUUUCUACGUUCCUUACAUGGAGCAAAAAAGUUUUAAAUAUUGAUUAACCUUGGUUGUAAAUUCAGACCGAAGGUCAUUAACACUAAGAAAAUAUUUUAAACAAGUUUAUGGACUCCGACGAGGAACUGUUUGAUGCGACACCGAGUUGUAGUACUUCAACGAACACGAGUUUGAACUUGACGCAGCAAACAAAGGAUUUAACGCUGGAUUCAACCCAAGAGAGAGAUUCCAAUAAUGUGACGACAAAAAAUAUUUCGGUAAAACUUACGCGUUUACCAAAUGCAAAGAUAGAGGAAGAGCUGCAGACACAUUUGCAUUUAGCUAAAAAGAAAAGACGUUUUUCAUGGAAAUUUGGACGAUCUGAGAAAAACAAAAAGCGAAAAAAAUCCUCUUUUUUUAUACCUUCGAGAUCUCUACAAUUCCAAAAGAUGGAACCUACCACCGAAGAUACAUCGAUACUGUCAAAAGAUAGAGAAAAUGAAGAAAAUGCACCCUUGAACGAAUCGUAUGAUGUUGAAGUAUUAUCCGAAGGAGAUCAGGAGAAUGAACAGGAUGCACAGAGCGAGACUAAAAGUUUCAUUUCAUCACCGAGUCAAGCGCAGAAAGAAGUAGAGGAAGAAGAAGAAGAAGACUCGUAUGCCGCUAAAACUUAUGUAUGCGCACGUACUUUACCUUACGAAUUUCAUCGGAAAAGUGGCAAAAUGUUUGAUGAUGGAACCAUUGUAAAAAAUACCACUCCUUCACUUUUGUUGUCACCAAGUAGCAAGAACGCAGAGCCGAGUUUGCACAGCAACACAUCCUAUCUGUCUGAGUGUUCGUCUUCAAAUAGUGCAAACGCGACGAAAAGACUGAUUCAUUCAAAAUUGAAAUUUAUGGCCAAAAGAGUGAAGGGAAAUCAAUUGGAUGAAUGGAAAUUUAAAAGAAAAUAUACUUCAUCUGACAGUGAAAUUGAAGAGAUACCUGUAAAAAAAAGGUGUCGAAGAAUAUCGAAUGAAUCUGAUGAUGAAGAUUCAUCUGUAAGUAAUGCAGAAGCGAUUGAUAAUAAUAAUAAAGAUAACAAAGAUAAUAAUCGGAGUAAAUCUAGUUUGUCUCUUGAAAAGAUUGAUAAAAAGGAAAUGGAUAUACAGAUUAAAUCGGCUCGGGUUAUUUUAACAAGAUUGGAAGAAAUGGAAGAUGAGAAUGUUAUCAAGUGGCGAGAGAUCAAAACGAAGCCUUUGGAUAUUACCGCAUCUGAACCAUUAGAAGAACAACAAUUGGACCGACUGGAGCUAGUACCAAAUUUGGUAACUUUAGAAUCUCAAGCGCAAGAAGACGGGUUGUUGGAAACACAAGAGCCUUCUAUUUCUAAGGAUUCUCCAUUAUCUAAGAACGUUGAAAGACGCCGUGCGCUAAAGUCAAGGUUGAAUAAGCUAAGGAAGAAAUAUAAGUUGUUCAGGAAGCCUAGAGUUCUAAUGAUAGAUCUGGAUACUUUAUGUUCUUCCAAGGAUGGCAGAUACUCGGCGACUGAGGUCGAUCGUUUAACGAAGAAAUAUGUGACCUUUGUGAUAAAUUCUAAUAACCAACAUAAAAUUCGUAGGUCAAAGACGUAUAGACACGCGCACUUACAAAAGAGAAGUACGCAGAGAAUACCAAUAGACGCAGAAAAUACCGCAGAAGAUAAUAAUACAAGUCCUACUUUGUCCAGAAGACAAAGUACGAACGAAAUAUUUAAAUCACGGUUUACAGAAAAAAGUUCAAUAAAAGACGUUCAAACCGCACAAAACAGCGAUGAAGAUGUGCCGUUCAAGAUCCACCGAAAGUUCAUCCAAAAUCGGAGUAAAUCUUCAUCAUCAUCAGGGACGUCCGAGAAGAGUGGUCCUUCGUCACAGAAGCGUUUAGAAAUAUGGCGAAAUGCAUUUCGCAAAAUUAUGACCUCGGAACAACCGCAAAAGAAAACCACUUCUGCGCAGUCAACGUCAACAUCACAAACACCCUCCAUUUCGCGAAAAUCGCCGAAGAAAUCGGUGGUUGCGAGAUGUGAGAGUGUUUAUACUUUGCCUUCCACAUCUACGUCUUCCCCAAAACACAGUACACUGGUCGGAUCUCCUAGAAAACUCGCUUCGCCGAAGAAACAAACAGAAGUCUCAGCAAAGCCGACGAAGUGUAACACAGCCAAGCCCGAGUCAUCAGUCAGCAGUAAGAAUCUUCCAAAUGUUGAAAAGAGCAUCUCCAAUAGCGACUUUACUCAAUCUAAGGAAAACACUGUUUCUAAAAGCCCAUGUAAAAACGCAAAAGAGGUAGACGUUGCUAUAUCAGACGCUUUCUUAAAUUCGAGCAAGAAGACAUCAAACACGACACGGAAAUCUCGUAAAGCGAUCCAGUUUGGAUCAAAAAUUCUCCUUGGCAUGUCUACAAAAUCGAUAAUCCCAAACAUGUGCGGCGAUGAACGGUCACUACGCAAAAGGAACCAGACAUACAAAUGUACCGUGUGCAACGAGUUGUUCGAGAAUCAGGAAGAGUUGGUGAAACACAUGUUGAUUACCAAUUUCCAUAAUACACGUAGAGCUAGGCGGGCAUUUAGCAAUGCAUCGAAAUCUGAGGAAGCCUCGAUGUUAGACAAAACAGUCGUGAAUAAGAACAGUCAAAAUUUGGAAAAGUCGAAACCGUCAACAUCGCAAGAGCAAUGUUCUUCUGUUAAUGGAGAAGGUAGUUCGCAUCAAUCGGAUAAAUCUGUUGUUGAUUCUGACAUGGAAAUCUCGUCCUCUUCUUCCUCCUCGUUAUCAUCGAGAGUCGUCAAAACGCACCACGAACGUGCCAAGAUGCCACAUAAGAAAACCAAGGCUAAAUCAACUACGAAGUCAAAGUCCAAUCUGAAACUGGAUUCGUCAAAUAGGGCGAAAAGUUUAGAAUCCAAGAAUGUGAAAUUGAAUCGUUUGAGGAACUCUAGAAUAAGACGGAGAUGCACUAUUUGUUUACAGGUCUUUGAUACCUCUUAUCAAUUGUUUCGGCAUACGUUUAAGCAUAUGGCCCACGAUCUCAAGAGUAUGUACACGUCGAUUGAAAAGAUUAAGAUUGCUACUUCGCAAGAGUCUAACGAUAAUGACGAUCAGGUCGAUGAUGUAGGAGAAAAUGCUACUUCGCAAGAGUCUAACGAGAAUAACGAUCAGGUCGAUGAUAUAGGAGAAAAUUUGGUAGAAGCAGUUACGGAAGAGGUCGAAGUAGCCAAAAACGGUGUCAAUGGUCAAGAGAAGAGAUCAGAAAAUACAAACAAAUCAAGCGCGGAGAAUCCUGUUGCUUCAAGAGUAACACAGCCUGGUGCAACUAAGGGAAGAAGCGAUGCUUCGAAUGUGUCGGCGGCAAACACUGUAGAACGAGACUCACAAAGACAGUCGACACCUGUAGCGAACAACGUCGAGCAGAAUGUACAAAUUGCGGAGAAAGUAAGAACGUGUGUCGUUAAAUCGUCUUCGGAGCAAUCGACGAAGUCCUUCACCAUCUGCGAAUGCCACAGGCCCAAGACGAGCAACGAAUCACCGGUUCAGAUCGAGAUAGUUUUAUUGUGCACCAUUUGCCAGACGCUGUUUCGACGCUUGGGCUGCUUCGAGGCGCACUGUGCGCAGCGUUCUGCGGAAGGCACACUCUGUAACAAAAACCGACGGACGAGUAGGAAGUCCACGUUGCUCUGUGUCAACUGUCAGCAGACACUGAACUCUAUCCAGGAGCUGGGCAUUCACUUGGUGAUGCAUUCUCGGCUCUAUCGCGCAAGCACGGCGACUUUUUGGUGCAACAUAUGCAAGGUGAUCUUUUAUGGUCUCGGACAGCUCUUCACCAACCAUUUCCAGAAUCACGCGAAGAACCCGCUCUUCCUAGCUAGUCGUCUUUCGUUCCCGAGGCCUUCCAACAUCGGCUCGAAACUUAUUAAGUUUCGGUCGACGGACAACGACAAUGACCAAUUGCCAGAGUCUUAUAUGCAGAUAGCCGACCAUGUGUGUCAAGAUUGCAGAACACCCUUCAUGACAUUGCAGGCUCUGAAAUCGCACCAGAUGAUCUGUCCAAACGCCACUACCACGUCUACCGAUCCUCGUAGUGGAUCAUCGAACUCGAUCACAUUCACUAAAAUACCAAUUAUGCUGAUAUGCGGAUUCUGCAACAAGACGUUUUACAACAGGAUGUCUUUUGAAGUGCACUCAUUGGAGCAUACGCAGAAACGCGAUGUGCAUCUGCACUAUACUUGCGUGGCUGUCACCGCCGUAACGAAAGUAUAUAUCUGCAAAGUGUGCACAACCAUGUGGCAAUCUUUGCAGAGCUUCGAGGAACAUUGGCAGACUCAUGCUGCGCUGCAGGAGGACUAUAUAUGCUCCCGCUGCCGUAAUCAUUACAAUAGUAUCGAUCUGUUUCAGAGGCAUGCGAGCGUGCACAGGAGCAACAACGAGAUGCAACAGAUGCCGAUCACGUGCGAGGUAGUCUAUCGCGAUAUCAGUAACCUGAACUCUACGAAUUUGCAAAAAGACGCUGCUGGAGACGAUUUACCUUAUAUGGAUUUGACUUGUUUCAACAACGAUCUCAACGUUGAGAAGACUGUGAACGGCAAAUCACGCGAAAUAGAAGAGCUGACUCAAUCAGUGCUGGAGAAAAUCUUGUUUGGGAAUCGACCCGCACAAGAGGCGGUAAUAUCGUCAGAAUUAUCAGUAGGCUCCAAUAAAAAAUUACAAGCAACCAAGAAAGUUUCGCAGGUUCCUGUACAAGUUCCCUCGCCCAAUGUCGUAGUCACGCAGUCGAGACGAAGUAACAACAGCAAUUUGAGGAAUUGUGAUGAUGAUUCUGAAGAGGAAGAGGACCUAACGAUAGUGUUGUCGGAAAGUGAAGAGAGUUCGGUUUCGAGAAAUAUCGACAGCACGCCUUCCAUUAAGCGUCCGAAUACGCAAGAGAACGCGAAAUCAACAUCUAAUUCUGCUGUUACUGAUGAGCAAAUACAACGUUCCAACGACGCGGAUUCAGCAGUCGCAUCAACCUCGAACGACGUGAGUAUAAGUGCGAAUUCAAAUGCCCGACAUAGUGUAAUAACUCCGAGGGAAUCCGCGAACACGCAGCUGAACACAAAUGUGAAUAAUUCAAAGGAUGACAAGAUAUCUGAUGCAAAUAAGACUCUCGAGAAUUGUGUAAAUCAGUCAAACGCGAAUUCUUCGAAAGAAUUGUUGCCGAAGAACGCCAUGAGCUCCGUGCCAAAGUCCUUCUUGCGCGUCAAGUCCUUGGCGGAACUCACAAAUAAUCACUUCUGCCGGUUGUGCGGUAUGUCGUUCGAAUCCCGGCUCAAAUUGAGAGGACAUGUGCCGGCAUGUACACAUAUACACAACUUGCAGUUGGCUCGUCAAGGCAAGCAAGAUGGUCAAACAUCUUCAUCUGAUAACGCGCAAGCCCGGCCGGCGAAACCGAUUAAUCCCGUGGUAUCCGUGCCUACGACAUCGACCCAGGAUUGUCCCGUUUCUUCUGUAGCGUCGACCGCCAACGUGCCUCCAUCCAUCAGCGUGCGUCCGAGUGCACCCAUCAGAGUAAUUGAUACCACCAACUCUCGACAAUACCAAGUGAUCGGUGUGAAGCCACUGCAUUCGGGCAAGUCUAACACGAUUGCAGAUGUAUCAAAACCGAAAGAGACGCUACCUCGUGAAGUGACGCGUCCAUUGAACAAUGUCAAUGCUACGCCGCAUAGCUCGCAGAAGACAGCUUAUCAUCAAAACUUGCCGGCUCAUGUUAGCCAUCCAUUAAAGAAAUCAACUCAACUUACUCAACAGCAACAGAGUACUGGCACCGUAGCAAUUAAACCGUUCUUACAAACUGCUUAUCAAACACCCAGGCCUCCUCCGCCACCAUAUCCACAACAGCAACAGCCGCAGCAACUGCAACAACAGCCGCAACAGUUUCAACAGUUACUACAAGCGCCACAACAGCCACAAUUGCAACAACAGCCUCAGCAGCAGCAACAAUUUCAAAAACAGCUGCAGCAAUCACAACUGCAACAGCUGCAACAGUUACAACAGCAACAACAGCAACAACAACCGCAGCAACUACGACAACAGCAACAAUUGCGACAACAGGUGGAGCAGCAUCUGCAAUACCAGUUACAGCAGCAGCAGCAGCAACUGCAACAAUCACUACAACAAUCGCAGCAACUGCAACAAUUCCAACAGCAGCAACAAACGCAACAAUUGCAAAUCCAACCGCAACAACCGUUGCAACAGCAGCAACAGCAACAGAUGAAUAUUGGUAAUAACGUUAUGCAAUACGUAUUAUCUAAGGAGGGCCAGUCUUACCUAUUGUCACCGAGCAACAUAAUACCAACGAGCUCGGAUAAUGUUAUGCUUGUUCCCGUGAACACAAUGCACCAGACCUCGAAGAAUCCGGAUCGCUACACCUGUUUAUACUGUCCAGGCUUCGAGUGCGGCUCGGUGCAAGAAUUCACGUUACAUGAGCAUUCGCCGAAGCACGAAGCCCGCAGUCAUUACAAUCGCGUUGCUUAUGUACCUCAAGCGUAAACCGUCAGUGACAUUCAUAUUUCUUUACAUCCUCGGCACAAAAAAAGACGCUGAAGUUCAGGAACACUUACAGUCACUAACCGAUAAAGAGAAAUUCUGUACCAUUUUAAUUGACAUUUUGAUUGCGUGAUUCUGAUUGAAUGCAAUCGAAGUAUAGUUUUUAUGAGCUCUUGUUCCGCUAAUGAUGUAUAUAAAUGCAUUUUUGUCUGAAUAGGAGAUAUUUCUGAAUUUAUUUGUCUGAAUUAGACACGAAAACUUAACAAUUGCUCUUAUGUGAUAUUCUGACCAAUCUUUUCAGCACAUCUAGAAACGAUAUAUAAUCAUUUUUAUUUGUCUAAGUUGAUUAAACGAUACAAUUUAUUCUUAUAAUUAGUUGCUACUUAAUCAUAAAUUGCGAGGAUUUUGUAUGUCAUUAAAGAAGAUAAAAUACCAACAAUUUAAAUGUAUAGACGAUAUAGAUAUUAAUUUAUAUUGUAAACGAUUAUUUUUAACAAGUGCCACAAUUAUGAUUUAUAUUUUCAACAAAAAUUAAAAUAUCUCUUAUUGUAUCGGUGCUGUAUACAAGUGUUCAUUCACCAGCAGAGUAUACUUUGCAAAAUAUUUUUAUGUUACCAGAUUGUUAAAUUGCUAAAAGAAUGACCAAACUAUUCUUAGUACCUAUAUGUCAGGAAUACCGUUCGCAUCAAGUGCAACAAUUGAAGAGUAUUCUCGGAAAUACAAAGACUAGAAUUAGCAUUUAAAUCAAUUUUAAAUGGUUGAUAUUCUUUUCUUUUACAGCAACCUGUUAACAAUAACGUUUGUAUAUGAGUACGAGAUUAGCACAAAAUAAUACCGGAUAUGUAUUUCGAGAAGUGGUUCGAGCGAAUAACAGAACAUACGUCUCUAGCAAUUGCACAUACUUCUACUGAAGAAUAAGUGAAAGAAUUUUUAUAAUGAAAUAGGAUUUCGCAGUUGAUUCUAUUUAAAACAAAGACUCAAUCGCUUCGCCUUUUCUUUGAUUCCUUACGAGAGAAUUUAUUACUCCAAAAUAAGACUUUGUAUGUAUCUACUAUAUAUACUUAGAAGAUACGUCAUUAGAAAAUACAUUAUAAUUAAUAUCAAUACAUUAUCGCGAUUUGUUAAUGCUGUUGUUAUUAUGUAAACAAUUUUAGUACUAUUAAGAUUUUCAUUGGAAAGAUUUGUAGAUUUGAUACAUUAUUUAAAAUGUCUGUAAUAUAAAAUUUGAAGGCAACGAAAUUUCAGGAAGGUAUUUACAAUACGAAAUUCAGCAGUGUGAUAAAUAUAAAUAAAUAUAUUUACAUUAAGUAAAUUUUUCUUUGGCGACACUGUAUUUAUCACUUCUUUACAUUUAUAUAUAUUUUUUAUUGCGAACUAUUUUUAUAUUUUGCAAUCGUCAAGGCUUUUUAAUCCAUUAUCGAUUGAAACGUUGCACCAAAUGUUGAUCUUGCAUUGAGUUUUUCGCUAAAGAAAAGUCAAUUUCAAUACUUGUCCAUUUGUCCAUUAAGGUUUCAGUUAAUAAUGAGUACACUUUCAUUCUUUUUAAUACAUUUACGUUUGUAUACUCUCCAAGAUAGAGUAUGGAAGAAGUAAAGUAAUUAUAUAUCAAGGAUAUUUAAAGUAAUUAUCUUUUUGAAAUUUGUACUUUACAUUGUAACAGCAGUAUUGUACAUAAUAUUAUUUGUCCGUCACAUUGCGCAUAUGUCUAUAAAGGAUUAGCUCUUAAUUUUAAUGACAUAUUCUUCGCAGACGAUUUUCUUUUCAAUCGCGAUUUUGUAAAGCGAACUAAAUAACGAAAAUAAAAUAUACGAUUAAUGUAAAACAAUUGACGAGUUCUGAUAGAGCCUAAUUAUUUAUUCUAGUUACUCUAGAUUACCAGCUUUAUUCCAGGUCAUUAACAUUUGUAUAGCAUUGGUGAAAAUAAUAAACAAUUUACGUUAUUUGUAUCGUUGAUACGGAGUUUUUCAACUCGAGAUUUUGGUAUUAUUGAGAUGUUAAAAAUUUUGUAAUUGUAAGAAGUACAUAUUACGCACUCCUGCGAACGCAUACUGUUGCAAAUUCCUAUAUUUACGAAGCGAAAGAGAGAUGAUUGCGAGUGACCGAAUGUAUCUAUAGCGUCUAUCUUGGAGCAAUGCAGUGAUUCACAAAAGUAUUCGUAUUCCUUUAAUUGUCCUGAACAUGUUUUAAGAGAGAUAUUGUAGAAUUCUUGUCAAGAGGAAUGUUAUACCGCGUUGAAUCGUGAGCUUUCGAUUGAUUUUACCCUUAUUGAAAGAUAAUAAUUCACUAAAACAUAACUAACACUAUGGAACUUUGAUUAAAUUUCUGUUGAUAUUAUAACUAUUAUCUUUACAUCAAGCUUAUUUUAAUCGAAAGUGUUUCAUCAAUGCAAUAUACAUGUAUUCCUAUCGAUAAGGAUUCUUUCACAUCUCUAGCAAAAAAUAUAAAGUAAAAUUAUUAAGUAAAAAUUCAAAAGAACCCGAAUACUUUUUUGCCACAUGUGUACAUACACAUUUACAUAAUAUUGUAAAACUUUGUACUGCAUACUUGUAAAUAGACACUUAUCGAAUAUUAGAACUCGAGAUUUCCGGAAAUUCAUUGUUGUGUAGCGGCAACUCGCGUUGCCGUCUUAUUGCAAGGUUAAAGUUGAACAAAUAACUGAAUAUUUUCUGAUACCGAAAUUAUAACGCUGUUAGACUCAUUGAACUUGGUAAUAUUCGAGAUUUAUUUAUCGAAUGAAAUAAUCUUUAUUUUUAAUAAAACGCGUUCAUCACAUUUCUAUAUCUGUCCUAGAAAGUAUUAUGAUAUAUUGUCUUAAAAUUUUGAAGAUAUCUUAUUAAAUUGUUAGAAAGAUAUCUCUGGUACGACAUCUUAUGUUCCUAUUUAUGAUAUCUUUAAGGUAUUGUUUUAAGAUAACUUUAAAACAUUUUAUGCGAAUAAAUUCUGAUUCUAUGACACAAAAAGCAGAUAAUUGAUGAGUGUCAGAAUAAUUCGUGUAAUGUUUCUCACUCUUAAUGCCUAUCUUUAUUUAUUUGAGAUUAUUUGUAGACUUUUCAUGGGCGAAACAAAAAUUAAUUGUAUGGAAACUUAGUAAUAAGAAGAAAAACAGGAAAGAAGAGCUGAUGUUAGGGGAGACCGGGGCUCGUUAUCACAAAAUAUCUCUUAUAUGACAUAGGUACUUUUUCCAAAGUUUUAUUUUAAUGAAACAAAUUUUACAAUAGAAAAAGAGAAAACUCUGAUUCAAGAGGUGCCAAGUAAAUUUUCGAGUGUUUCAAGAUAUCGUACUAAUGUUCUUCAGCUUGAGUAGUAAAUCAACAAUUUAUUUGAGAGAAAAUAAAAAUAAAAUAACUGCAAAUAUACUUUUCUAAAAGCAAGAUUUUAACAAAAUUAUGAUAGGACACGUGGAAUUUGACAUGUAAAAUUUUGACAGCCUUCUCACCGCAUAUGAGAGCAUAAUUGUAUACCAAUUUAUAUUAAAAGACGAAAAUAUGGGUGAGAUAGCGUAAGUUAAAAAAAUAAGUAUAAAGUAUAAUAUUGUACGAUAAAGAAUAUUAUUGUAAGAUACAUAUGCUUUUGAAUAAAUAUGUUAUCGCGACUUGCGUUCGUCUCCUUUA